AAUAUUUUUCUACUACAACAGGAUGGGCUCACAAUGAGACCGGGACUGCCGGGACAAAAAGGUGAUAUUGGUAGUCCAGGGAAUCCUGGGCUCAAAGGAGAACCUGGAGUACCUGGUUCCAAAGGUAUUAAAGGUGAGGCCGGUCAAAAAGGCGGUAAAGGAGAUCAUGGGAGAGAAGGUGCUCGGGGUAUUCAAGGAUAUAAAGGUGAACCAGGUGCACCUGGUAUAGCCGGUCUUCCGGGUGCAUCAGGUGAAAAUGGAAAACCAGCAGAAAAAGGUGAAAAAGGGGAUAUUGGUCCAGAAGGAAAACAAGGCCCUCCGGGUCCACCCGGAUCACUUGAUAUUGCUAAGGAUAAUAUUAGUAGUAACUUAGGAAAAGGUGAUAAAGGUGAACGCGGUGCUUUUGGAUAUAAAGGUGAAAUUGGUAACAAAGGUGAAAAAGGUGAGAAAGGAAAUACAGGAGCACCUGGUAUCCCUGGUAUUAACGGCGCUCGUGGUCCUCAAGGAGAUAAAGGUGAACCCGGGAAAGAUGGAUCUUCCGGAAUACCUGGCAUUGCCGGUGCUAAAGGUGAUCGUGGAGAGAAAGGCCCACCAGGAGUAACUGCGUUUGCUGGUGCUGUAGAUUACGUGACCAUCAAGGGAGAAAAAGGUGCAGAAGGCAAAAGAGGGAGAAGAGGUCGUCCUGGUGCUCCUGGACCUAUGGGACCACCCGGAAAACCAGGAAGUAUUAGUGACAUUGGACUCCAAGGAUGGCCGGGUCGACCAGGACCUCCAGGAUUGCCUGGAAAUGUAGGACUUAAAGGAGAAAAAGGUGCAGCUGGUGUAUUUGGGUCGUACGGAAACAUAUUAGCGUUAAAAGGUGACAAGGGAUCAGAUGGUUCACCUGGGAUACCAGGUAAAGAUGGUCAACGAGGUUUACCAGGUCCACCAGGACCUCCUGGUCCUCCUGGGCUAUCACUUGUUGGUCAAAAAGGUGAACCAGGGAUCGGUCGAAGCUACAAUUCUGGAGAGAAAGAUUAUUAUGGAUCUCGUUCAGGGUCACGAAGUAAUAUUGAAGAAUUAAAAGCCAUUCAAGAAUUAAAACAAUUAAAAGAUUUAAAAGAUUAUUUAGAAUUAUUUAAAACAACACUUUUCACAUUUACUAUAAACACAAUUCACAUCAAUUUUCACUCAAAAUAUAAAAUGUUUCCUACCCCGACAGGACGGAAACGGUUAUUUCAGGUCUUGCCAAAGAUUAAAUCUAUCGGAGAGAUAUUACCUACCGUAUCCUUCAUGAAUAUUUAG